GCUCAUUUUCUCUUCUCUUUUGUCAAUCUGACGAUUCGCACCAGGUGAUCAAGAUCUCGUCAGACAAGGUUCCUUCAUAGGGAACGAGCUCGUCUGAAUAGCAUCUCAUCUGACUGAAUCGUUGCAGAAUGUACUUUUGGUAUUCUGAAAAGACUGAUUGGCUGAUGUGAGAUGUGGCACUGGUCUCUCAGCCUCACAGCGAUUCUGACCACGCCUUCCUUACCUCGGAACUGCAAGGCUCUUAACUUUCAAAUUUGGUCGUUUACUCUUUGUAACACGACCAACCAAACUUCCUGGGCCGUAAGAAUCUCAGCGCUAUGAUGUGCAUGGCGGGUACCUACGGCGGGCACCAGAGCUGCAACUGCACAGCCUUCAAUAAUAAUAGACAUAUAAAAGUCUUCUUAUCCAUAGCUUGAAAGACGAAUAGCUCAAUCUAUACACAAGGAUCCAAUCUCCAGCACCUCUUCAAGAAUAGUUCUGGUCAAUACAACUCAUCUUCUUUUCCAAGUUUACCUUCACUCAAAAAUGUCCAAUUUCAACUUGACAGGAACGGCGAUAAUAAUCGGCUCUGGUGAGUAUUCUCUCCCAGUUCAAAUUACCAAUAUCGAUCGUGCUGAUUGCCUGAAGCCAGUGGUAUGGGAAGAGCAACCGCACUCGCUUUCGCCCGCGCCGGUGUUCAAGGAUUAGCAUUGGGAGAUCUCAACACUCCAGGAGUCAAAGAAACAGCGAAACAAGCCGAACAAGUUGCCACAAACCCCAAGUUCGCUGUCACAGCAUCUCACGUUGAUGUACGGAGCUGGGAAAGUGUUGACGACUUCUUCCAAGCUGCCGUUACCAGAUUCAGAAGGAUCGACUACAGCGUUACUACCGCUGGGAUUUAUUCCCUCCUCGGCAACAUUGCCGACAAUGACCUAGAAGCAUACGACAAUAUCCAAAACACCAACGCGAGAGGCGUCUUGUACCACACAAAAGCUGCCCUCCAAGUCAUGCUCAAACAAAAUGUCAUCGUCGUCCAAGGAACCACCAGAUCUCGUACACUCGGUCGUGGAUCUAUCGUGAAUGUUUGUUCUAUCGCUGGGAUUAUUCCACCCCAAGGCUCAGUCGAGUACAAUGCAUCAAAAUUCGCUGCUCUCGGUAUCACAAAGACUGCAGCCAAUGAAUAUGGAGGCUCUUUGAUCCGCAUAAACGCCGUCUGUCCAGGACCUAUCGACACACCAUUGCUCGAACGAGCUGUCUCCGGAAACCCGGAGGCCAGGAAUGCUGCCACUGACAGCACAGCUUUCAAGCGAAUUGGUGACGUUGACGAGGUUGCGGAUUCAAUUUUGUUUUUGGUCAGUCCGGCUGCGAGUUAUGUACAUGGCACUUCUUUCGUUGUUGAUGGAGGGUAUGUGAAUAUGGCUUGAUAGGUGUGAUCGGGAUGUACCCUAGCUUUGAAAGCUUUCAUUAGGUGCCUAGGUAUUUGCCUUCUUCCAUAGUCAUAAAGUUAAAACAGUUGGAUCUUAAGAUAAAUCUCCUAUGUAUUAUUGCCUGAAUAAGAUUUGGCGGAAGAUGCCGAAAACCAUGGUUCAACGGACCUAGGGAGCAGUCUGAAGACCUCAUUGAAUAUUUGAAGAUAAGAGGUAAAAGGAAUAUUGUUCUCAUACAAAAUGAUUGCCGAGGAAGGGUGUGCGUACUGAGGAUGAGACUAUCAAUCUUGAAUUACUUAGGAGGGAGCGCCUUCAAAGCACUCGAUAACUGCCUGGAGACCUAAGCUGUGGCCCAGUCAGACGAACUCGGUUAGGAAAUCUUGCCCCACGCACUCCUUGGCGCGGUCUCUAGUUCUGUGAAUUCGGAGGUAAAAAACAAUCAAAGAGAGGCCAGAUGAAUGAACCCC